AUGUCUGGUUUGAAGCGUAAAUCGUCACGCCCCGCACACCACUCUAACAAUUCCGCCAGCGCCUUCAUCAAUCCAUGGCCAUCCGCAGGGACGCCAACAUGGGCCGAACUGUUUCAAUCGUCCUUCCCACUUGGAUGGUACUCUGAUGAGCUCAGUGGUCAUCAAAGAGCCCGACAACUCAACGUCAUCACUCCAGACUGGGGUAAGGCGGAUCUGGGAAGGAGGAAUCUUGACAAGUCCAGUUGUAUCGUCGGAACUUGGUUAGGCCAUGCAAGCGCCCUGGUGGAGCUGCCACCUCUCGAUAAUCCCGAGCACAAGAGCACAUGGCUUCUUUUCGAUCCUAUCUUUUCCAUGCGAGCAGGACCGACACAGAAUAGCGGUGUCGCACGGUUCAAGCAAGCUCCUUGUCAGGCCGGGGACCUACCAGGUUGCGAUGCAGUCUUUAUUUCCCACAAUCAUUACGACCAUCUGGACGCUGCUUCAAUCAAGGCGAUUGUGAAGAAGUUUCCCCAGGCAAAGUUUUUUGUCGGACUUGGCAUCGGACAAUGGAUGUCAUCUAUUGGGGUUUCAGGGGCACAAAUCUGCGAGAUGGACUGGUGGCAAAACCGCGAGUACAGUCUUGAAGACUUCGGUGUCCAGCCACUGCUAGCGUCGACCGAUCAAGUCGUUUUCAGAUUCUCAUGUGUGCCCGCCCAGCAUAACUCUGCACGGAGUCCCGUCGACCAGGGGCGUACGCUCUGGUGUGGCUGGGUCGUCGAACGUUUUCUUCGCUCACAGGACGAAUCAAGCGAAUCCAAGGUGGCCCGACGAGGGGCCAUCUAUCAUGCCGGUGAUACAGGCUAUCGCAGGACAUCAAGAUCGGACGUUGUCUGUCCCGUUUUCAGAGAAGUUGGGGAGGAAUUCGGCCCUGUCGAUCUUUCAUUCAUUCCUAUAUGGCGCGGUGGAACUCUAGGGUUCUUUUCCUACAUGGGGCUGCGACUGUCGCAUCACGACAUACCCGCAGCAUUCCAUGCUUCUCCAGCUGAUGCCAUUGCGAUCCAUCUUGACGUCCAGUCACGUAACAGCGUUGGAAUUCAUUUUGGGACAUUUGUUGGUUCAGAGAGCGAGACUUACGAAGCCACCAUCGAGUUCGCUGAAGCGUGCGAGAAUCGAUCUGUCGAAAGCCUGGACAGUCAAAGCGAGGGUGGCAAUGGGCGUGCAGGAUUACUGGACAUUGGCGACAGCCUGGCCGUACAAAUUUCUUAA